GCAAAUACAGCGGUAGGAGGGGCAACGGAGCUUUAACCGGGCUCACCUUUCCUGACCGCGUUAAUAAGAUUACCUGGCGCACACGUCAUGACAACAGAGACGGACAGAGACAGGGAGCGGGUUACUCCAUCCGUGCGGUUAUCAAGCAGCCUGGUGUUUAGUUACUGAGACUCCGUGUGUCGGACUGAAGGCAGCAAAGUGCUGAUGAGCUCCUCUGCGGAGGCUGUUGCUGCAUCGCCAGUUAUUUGUACCUCAUUUCCUUUUUGUGUGUGGCAUACUUCUGGAGUUAAACAUGGUGGGCAAUAACGCUUGACAGAGGAUGCGACGGGGGCGGUGGCUUGUCAGAUGGCUGGGAACAGCAAUGGCUAUCCUCUCUUUGAUUACCCACAGCUGGGGCCAGGACACAGAAGACUGGCAAUAUGAGGAGUGUAAAUUGUCGCGACCUGGACCCCCCGCAACCAUAGUGACCAUUGAUGAGGAGAGCCCCAAUGGAACAGUUUUGGUGGAAAACAUGCAAAUUAAUGGAAGGGCCCGCGAUCCAGGUAGAACCAUCUCCCUGACACUACUUGACAACUAUGACUACUGGGUUAUACUGGAACCAGCACGGCAGAGACUUUACCUCAACAGUACCGGACGCGUUCUGGACAGAGAUCCACCUAAUUACAUCACAACGAUUGUGGUUCAGGUCCAAUGCACUAAUGAGCUGGUCGGUACGGUUAUUUUACACGAAGUUCGAAUUGUUGUGAGGGACAGAAAUGACAACAGUCCCCAAUUUCAACAGCCACGCUACUAUGUUUCUAUAAAUGAGCUCACACCAGUUGGAACUACCAUUUUCACCGGCUUCUCAGGAAAUAAUGGUGCUACAGACAUUGAUGAUGGACCAAAUGGACAUAUAGAAUACAGCAUCCUUUACAAUCCCAAUGAUCCGGAAUCUAACAACACAGUCAGGGUUGGUAACACCCUUUCAGGAAGUAUUAUACUGGCACAGAGGCUAAAUUAUGAGGACAAAACCCGCUUCUUUGUAUUAAUCCAAGCCAGUGACCGUGCUCCAUACCCACCAAACAGACUAACAGCUACCACAACUCUGACUGUGGAUGUCUUAGAUGGAGAUGACCUUGGUCCAAUGUUUCUGCCUUGCAUUUUGGUGAACAACACCCGUGACUGCAACCCACUCACCUACCGUGCUGCUAUCCCUGAAUUUACUGAACCGACUAAACUGAACCCACUUAAUGUGACCCCACCUAUCCGGGCUGUGGACAUGGACAGAAACAUACAGCCACCAUCAGAGAGACCUGGCAUUCUUUAUUACAUCUUGGUUGGUCAACCGAACACAUAUCCAGAGUACUUCUCCCUGAACCGGACCACUGCAGAGUUGCUUGUUCUGAAACCUAUUAGCCGGGACCUGUAUCAGAGGUUCACACUUAUCAUUAAGGCAGAACAGGACAACGGACAUCCCUUACCAGCUUAUGCUGACCUCAUUAUCGAAAUACUGGAUGAGAACAACCAGGCGCCAUAUUUUCAGUUCGCCUCCUAUCAGGGAUACGUGAGCGAGUCCUCCCCAGUGGGGACAACUAUUUCUGCCAGUUCCAACCUCACUGCCCCUCUAGGGAUCAUUGCUUUGGAUAAUGACAUAGAAGAGCUGUCCCCUGGUGAUACACCUACCAAAGACCCUAUGGUGAAGAUUACCCUGGAUGACUACACCACAAUUUUCAGCCUGACCCCGACUGGCAUAAUCCGCUACCUGAGGAUCCUAAAACCUGUGGACCGGGAACAGCAGAUGACUUAUACUUUCACGAUGAUGGCAUCAGAUGGUGUCCAGCAGAGUAGCCCAGUAACUGUCAACAUCCUGGUUAUUGAUGCCAAUGACAAUACACCCACGUUUGCACAGGUCUCCUACAGUGUUGAAGUCUUUACAGACAUGCAGCCAGGGGAGACAGUUCUACAGUUAACUGCAGUAGAUGCUGAUGAAGGACUGAAUGGUCUGGUGACGUACGAGAUUCUGGCUGGGGCCCAAGGAGACUUUGUUAUUAAUAAUCGAUCUGGACGUAUCACUGUGGCGCCUGGUGUUACGUUAACUGUGGGCCGAUCAUAUGCACUAACAGUGAAAGCCUCAGACAAUGCACCAGACACCCAGAGAAGGAGCUCCAUCACUACAGUUUAUAUUGAAGUUUUACCACCCAACAACCAGAGUCCUCCACGCUUCCCCCUUCUCACCUAUAACCUAGAGAUCAGUGAGGCCAUGAGGAUUGGAGCUAUUCUCCUUAACUUGCAGGCAACAGACAGAGAAAAUGAUCCGAUCACUUAUCGAAUUGUGAGUGGGGAUUCACUGAAGGUUUUCAAUCUCUCAGAAACGAUUGGCCUUUUACUUUUGGAUAAGCCUUUGGACAGAGAAUCCACAGAACAGUAUCGUCUGAUUGUCACUGCUUCAGACGGCAACCCUGGAGGGACGUCCACUGCUACUGUAAACAUAGUGGUGACUGAUGUCAACGAUAACGACCCAAAAUUUGAAGUCAUCCUCAGCUCUAACUUUACUGUUAAAGAAGAGCAAGCUAAUCUGUUUGUUGGACAAGUCAGAGCCACUGAUCCAGAUGCUGGAGCCAACGGUCAGGUUUUCUACAGAAUUGUCAAUCAUCCGGAUUUGUUUCUGAUCAGUGCCAACGGAAGCAUCUACACAAGACAGCCUCUUGACAGGGAGUUAAGGAAUGAAUAUAACCUGGUGAUUGAGGCCUCAGAUGGGGCGGUAGACCCUAGAAGAACCACCCUGACACUAUUAGUCCAGGUUCUGGAUAUUGAUGACAACAGCCCAGUCUUCUCACAGCAAGACUAUGUGGUGAAUGUACCUGAGAACACCCCUGUCGGGACUGUAGUUCUGAAACUAAGUGCUGUGGACGCUGAUGUCUUCUCCAAUGUCACAUACCGCAUCAAGACUGAGUCGGCCAGGCAGUUGUUCUCUCUUAACCCUAUCACUGGGGAGCUAGCUGUGCUGCAGACCCUGGACUUCGAGGGCCUGGCAGCUAUGGGAAUGGGGGCUUCAUACACUUUCCAGGUAGAAGCUGUCGACCAAGGAGGACUAAUGCCGCCGGGACAGGCUACAGUCACAAUUCGCAUCACAGACAUGAAUGACUUCUCACCCAUCUUCACUCAAGAACUGUACAAGGGCUUGGUGGCACCCAAUGCAGACAAAGGAACAGUCAUCACAACCGUUUUUGCUGAGGACCAAGACCCACCAGGCACCCCAGCCAGUUUAGUACGCUACAGAGUGGACCUGGAGAAGUCCCCCUACAGCGGAAGCAUCUUUGAUGUUGAGGAGGAAACUGGCAGAGUCAUUACCAAAGUCAACCUCAAUGAAGACCCAAGCAUCACCUUUAAGUUGUUUGUGAUCGCCUUUGAUAAUGGGGAGCCAGUGAAGACAAACAGUACUUUGGUGGAGAUCACUGUCCUUCAGCCCUCACUUAUCCCAAUCUUCACUCAGGAAGAGUAUAGGUUUCCUGCAGUCAAAGAGCUGUCUCCAGUUGGCACUGCGGUGGGGACUAUUCUAGCUGCUGCUAUGAAUCAAACCAUCUUCUACUCCAUUGUUGGAGGAAAUGAACUGGGACACUUUAAAGUAGACAGCAGCACUGGUGUCAUCUCCAUUGCCAAACCACUGGACUAUGAGAACAUAACCAGCUACGUCCUCAGGGUGCAGGCAGAUUCUUUGGGGGUUGUCAUGUCCAACCUGCGUGUGCCUUCUAAAAGCAACACAGCCAAGGUGUUCAUUGACAUACUGGAUGAGAAUGACCACCCUCCUGUUUUCUCCAGGAAGCUCUACAUUGGUGGUGUAACUGAGGACACAAAGAUUUUCAGCUCUGUCCUUAAAAUAGUGGCCACUGAUAAGGAUACUGGGAACUUCAGUGCCAUGGCAUACCGCCUGAUUAUACCUCCAACAGCAGAGGGUCAAGACAGCUUUGUCAUAGAGGCCUACACUGGUAUCAUUAAGUCAGCCAUCAUGUUUCGAAAUAUGCGCAGGUCUUACUUCAAGUUUGAAGUUAUUGCCACUGAUGACUAUGGGGAAGGUUUUAGCAGCAGUGCUGAAGUGGUGGUUUCUGUAGUCAAUGCAUUAGACAUGCAGGUUGUUGUCUCCACGGUACCUCCCACUUUAGUGGAAGAGAACAAAGAGGAGCUCAUUAGAAUUCUGGAACGACAUGUUCAGGACCAGAUUCCCGGAGCCAAGGUGAUCGUUGAGUCGAUUGGGCCACGUCGGCAUGGUGAUGGGUUUGAGCUAGAGGACUAUUCUAAGUCAGACCUAAUGGUGUAUGCCAUUGACCCAUUAACAAACAGGGCCAUUUCCCGACAGGAGCUCUUCAAGUUUCUUGAUGGAAAUGUCUUGGAGAUCAAUAAAGAGUUCCAACCAUAUCUGGGUGAGGGUGGCCGUAUCCUUGAGAUCCGCUCGCCUGAUGUCGUGGCCAGCGUGAAGAAGGCUGCUCAGGCCGUGGGCUAUACAGAGGGAGCACUGCUGGCCCUGGCCAUUAUCAUCAUCCUGUGCUGCAUUCCUGCCAUCCUAAUUGUCAUGGUUACCUACAAACAGUUCAAAGAGCGGCAAGCAGAGUGUGCCAAAACUGCCAGGAUCCAGAUGGCUUUACCACCAGGAGGGAAAGCAGCUCCAGCCGCUGCCCCCACUGCUAACCUCUAUGAAGAACUAGGUGACAGCAGCAUACUGCAGGCUAAAAAGUCUGCCACUGAGGAAGCCAAACAUCAGAGGAUUCUUAGCACCUUCAACUGUCGCACCAUUGCAGCCUAUAGUAACGGCACGCUGCUCGUCGACCUGCCCAAAUCAGAGAGCAACAUAACUUACCUGUCUGAUGGCAACCCACUCAUAACGCAUAACCCUGUGUAUGAUGACAGCAGCGCCCUGGGCAGUCCUGUUGUCUUUGCAAGACAGGAGAAUCGAAAUGAAAAGCUGUUUGCGUUUUCUCCCUCCAAUUCACCAGGGUCAGGGUGUGCCUGGUCAAUGCCUGCUCGCAUUCACGGAGGGCUGCAUGACUACAAUGUGUUGAGAAGGCAAGGCCUUAUUGACAGAAAUGAGUGGGAGCAGCAGCUUUUUCAAGCAAGCAAAAGAGACCAGCAGAAUCCCCAGGGUUUGGAUACACCAUACCUGGGUGACAGCACAGAGUCUAAGUUAUCAGUCCGUGAGCAGGCCAGGCAGUUUGAGCAGCAGGUUUUUCAAGAAAAUAAGCGAAACAGAGACUCUAUCGGUUCCCUUUCUUCUAUCCUUGUCAGAGAUAUGGACAGUGAUGACACGCUAGAGCUGACCUCAGAAACUUUACUUUCCAUCAUGGACAUACCUCACAGCCCCAUGAGUGUGGGCAGAGAUGAGCCCCCAAACUUUGUCAUCACACAGACAAAUGAUUCAUGGUCCCCAUCCAACCAGAGACCAACUCCACCCAUUCUGAGAAAGUUCAGCUCUGGCAUCUCCAGCUACAUGACAGUGCAGCCCUGUCAGAUCACUGUUGAAAUCAUACCAGAUCCACCAAACAAUCCACCACCUCUUCCUCCUCAGCAUUCUCGACCACCAUCCCCUCUCACAUCUCCGCCACCAUCUCCCCCCUCCAAUUCACAUUCCCCUCCCCACUUUGAUACACCUCAGAGUAUCCGUCCCUCUUCUCCUCCAUUUAGAAAACCAGUUGCUCCCCCACCUCCGCCACCACUUCCUCCUCCCUCACCUGCUAGCAAUCAGCCCCAGCCUGUUAUCCAGUUUGUUCCAACAGCUUUACCGCCGUUAUCCUCUCUUCGUCCUGUCUCAAAACGAAAACUUCCCCCUCCUCUUACCUCAGCAGAAAAGGAUGUUGGAAAAAAGGAGUUAAAAGGGAUCCUUAAGAACAUCCAGAAUCUGGCGGACAUUGAACGAUCUGUUGCCAACCUUUACAGCCAAGUAGACAAGAACAGCAAGGUGCCCAAGUUUAACAAGAUGCCACAAGCAAGUGAGGAAUCGGAUGGUGCUUACAGAUGGCAGAGUGCUGAUCCAGGUGAUGAGCAGAACUCGCCAAAACAGAUUGACCCGAGCUGUGAGAUUCAAAGUGAUUCAACAAGUUCCAGCUGUGCUGAAAAUGGAGCAAAGUUUCAGACGUCAAGCCAGUUGGACACAAACAGACCCGAAUCUGCAGAACCUGUUGAACAGAACUUUUCUCAGUCCACAGUUUUCUGACUUUUGUUAUUUCCAUAACAUCAUUUCAUGUCUGCAUCUCUAUGCCUGUCUUUUCUUGUUGUUUCUACUGUUCAUUAUGUGCAGUAUCCAAUUCAUGUUUUUUUUAAGAUUUAAAUUAAUUGUGACAGUUUUUUAUAGGAAAAGGUUUUCUACUUAAUUUUUGUGUGCAACUUUUAGCAACUUGCCAAGAAAACUUCAAAAAAUUGUUACACUGCCUGUAUAGUAUGCUUUAAUACUUUAAUUAUAACAAAAGUGUUCAAAGAGAUUCAUCUGUUGAAAGCUUUCUUUAUUACAAUGCUCUAUAUUAUUCAGGCCUCUAUUUGGCAUUAUUAUGCUUAUAUAAACUGAGAUUUUUUUAAACUUUAGAAUAUUUAUUUCAUUAAUUUAAUACCAGUUACCCUAAAGAUAUGCCGAGCUGUAAUAUAGCUCAUAUAUUCGGUAUACACAUCAUAUAUUUGGUACAAGAUGCAGUCUUGUCCCUAAAGGCGCUUGGAGUACAUAAUUAUCUGCAGCUGCUUCAAAAUACAUACAGGGAUGAGUGACUUUAAAAUGCAAAGAUGUGGAAAUCUGAAAUAAGGGGUGUCUCAGGGGUAAGAAUUCUAGACAAGAUACACAAACAAUGUGGUAAUACAUCUUCUUGUGUGAAAAGAAGUGCUCUUUGCACAUUCCCUUAGAGAUCCCAUGCUCUCAGCUUGAAAAAGUAGCAACUAUGAUGUUAGCUUAAUGAAAAAGGGUAAUUAGAGAGCUUAUCGAUUGUUAUUCAAGGCCAUUGCCUUUGGAACUGUCAACAAGUGCUUCCCUCUGCCCCCAACCUUCUCUCAUUUACUUACCAUUUACUCUCCUCACAGUUGGCUUCAUAAUGAUCUUAAAUCAUUGACCUCUUCUUUUAAAUCUUUGUUUUCUAUUUCCAACAGACACUACCAAAUUCUUUGAACAGUUUUUAUCCAGUUGUAUUUUUGUCAAUUCCUUUUUCUCUUUUUGUUUUAUUGUAAUCAGCUUCCUUCUGUCCUUUAUUUUUAUCCACUUUUUUGUUUUGUUUUAGUUUCAUCUGCAAUGCCCCAAGGCAAAUAGACUUAGCAUACCUCACAUGCAGAAAAACAUAAUUUUUGAUUCAUUACAUGUUACCCCUGAUGGAAAAAGCACAGGCUGGCUAAUUCUGUAUUCUGUGCUCACUAUAUGGGGUCAUCUCUUUUUUUAAGGGGCUAUCGCCUCACAUGCUAUGUCUGUCAAACCAAAAGUGAGGUGAACAGCAAUAGAUAGUAUUUUAAUAUUCUGUAUUUAAAUCCCCUUUUAUCCCUUUUCCUUUUGGUCCUAUUUGAUUAUGUUUAACAUUCUUCAAAUUUUACUUAAAAAAAUGGUUAAUCGAAGUUGCAUUUUGUGUGACAAGAAACCUCAUGUUAACAUGCUAUCAUGUAUUUUAUAUAUCAAUAUCAACCAGGUCAGAAAUACUAAACAUAUGAUUUUUC